AUGGAAUUUACCCCAAAGAGAAAGCGAGAUGAAUUUGAACCAGAUUGCAAAAAGAUUAAAAAUUUUAUUGAUGAAACAACAAGAGAAGAAUUAACAGAUUCAAAUGAAUGGCCACAAUAUUCCCAUCCCGAUGGAGGAAUAGUGAAAAUAACCCCUUGGGGUUCAUUAAGACAAUUUCAAGAUCCAAUAACUGGAGAAACAAUGACAAAAUUUGAAGAUAUGUCAUUUUCAGAUUAUACUUUUCAAAAUAAUAAUAAAAUUGAUGAUAUUUAUAAUAAUGUAAAUCAACAAACAACUCCAAGUAUGCCAUCAACUCCACAAUCAUUAUAUCAAUCACAGCCAACAGCAAAGCAGCAGACGCGUCCUUAUGCAAGUCAUAAUAUGCCUCGCGAUGAUGUCAAGACUCCAAAUAGAAGAUUUAGUCCUGAUUGUGAAGCUGAAAGUUAUGUAAGAGAUGGAUAUCAAGGGAUUACUCCACCACCUCCAUCAGUUGAACAACGUCAUUAUUCUCAUAUGCAACAACCACAACCUCAACGAGGAACUCCUAGUCAUGAAUUCCAACAAGAACAUGAGAAUUAUUUUGGGAUGAAUGAAACUUCAGGAGAAGAAUUUGACUGUAGUGGUAUUGAUUAUUCACCAGAGUUUGAUGAUGAUGAUGAUGAAAUGAUGUAA